AUGUUCUACAAUUUUGUAGCUGUUGUGAGUCUUCUGGUUAUCACGAAACCAUUUCGUGAGAGCGUCCAUCUACUACAUUCAUUGUUCUGCUCGUGGUUUGAGAUUUAUGAAUUUGAAUGGAUCCAUGUAGAACUGGCAUGGAACAAUUUAUUUGCUCUAAUGAACGAUAAUUCUGGACUAAGUGAAGCUGAGGUACUUCGAGGUGCUCGGACUCGUGUUCGUAUAGGUGCGAAUGUUGAUCUCUUGCCAAUAUUCUCGAAUAUGUUCUGUGAUCAUGUAAAAGUUCAAGGUCUCAAGGUUGGAAGCCUCAUCCCAUUCCACGAUUUCGGAAAUGCUUUCGAGUCUACGGCCGUAAAACUAACGCAUAUGUUAAGCAGUGAACUUAUUACGAAAAUUCGAGCUUCUGGUCUACUUGAAUUUUGGAACGAUAUGAAGCUGGACAUCAUGCAAUCAUAUCGCUCUGCUCUACUUCGCGGUGGUGUUUCACCGGCGAGAGCAACGAGAUGGAGACUAACACAGACGGGUGCCUCGGACACGGACUAUAACGUUCAUUGUGAGGUUGCGUCAGUGUUCAGUAAUCACGAAAACGUACUGGAAGUGUCUGACGAUGUCGAUGAGGUGGAUAACACUUUACACAAAGCGGAAUUGGAGCUCCAUUCCUUGUGUUGGCGUCGCGAAACCUCGUUGGCUGACAAUGUCCUCCUCACUAGGGAUAUCAUCAGAAAGUUGACAUUUUAUUUGUUUGUGAAGAACUACGCAGCAUCCGGUCUUGACACAAUUGGACACGAGGAUAUCGUAAAGCCAAUUGAAAUAAGAGCAAUGGGAUUGAUUAAUCGACGUAAAUAUUGGUAUGUCGUUGACGACUCUUCUCCAUACUUUUAUUGGUACAAAGAUCAUGAUUCGCUGAAGUGUGUAGGACGUGUACCGCUGGCAUGCAUGGCUCUUACUUACGAUCCUCGUGUGAAAGGACGGUUUCAAGUGUUAUCUGGCGAUGAUGUAUUUUUGCUUGAAUGUUCCUCGAAUAGUGUUCGUGAUGAGUGGAUGCAAGUUCUUCAAUCGGCUCGUCUAAAUAGUGCGCAAGGAUUUUCACAGGAUAAUGAUGUUGUUCAUGACAUCAUUUCGAUGUCAUCGGAAACUCCUCCGCUGACAAAUGUUCCAUCUCCUUCACAUUCAGCUCAAAAUCUAAUACAAGACUUGUUAGGACCAACAAGUGACACCACAUCAACUACAACAGAUGAUGGUCACGGCCAAGGUGACUCUGGUGUUAGUUGUAUAGAUAAGCUGGGUUGUGAAGAUCAUUCACCUUUUGUUACACCAAGUUCAACGUUUUACCUUACCACAAAUGGUGAACUGAACGAACACAGCAUGUCUAUGCCGAAGGCCAUAAUUUCACCGGAGGCUGUUGUUGAGCGUAUCCUGGAGAAGACAAAUGAGCAUCUGGAGGCUCCAAAACGAGCUUUUGAACUAGCAAAGCGAAGUUUUCGAAUGAGGAAAGAAUGUGAAGUUUGUAAACAGAGCAGUCUAUCGAUGAUGGCGCACUUUGUAGAACUUGAGGACAUGAAUGCUGCUUUGAGGGAAGCCGUGGAUAAGUUGCAACGAGGAUUAUUGAUCACUAGAAACCAUAAUGAAAUACUGGAACGGAUACAGUCGUUGGGAUGUGACGAUGAUAUUCGUGCAUUGCUUCUUGAAAAAGAAACUGAGAUCACUGAGUUACAACUGUCCAGUAAUCAAAGAUGUCGACAAGUAAGGGAACUACAAGCGGAGAUAAGCAACCAGGAUGCUCAAAUUAUUGAACUGAAUGAUUCGUUGGAAAUUCUUCGCGAUAAUUUGCGGAAAAAGGAAGAGAUGUUAAUGCAGAUAUGUGAGGAAGACGGUAAUACCGACAUGGUUAAAGAGCGCUUAAUCGCUGGUAUGCUGUAUUAUUUUGGUGUUGGAGAGGGGUUCGACAAAGCGACAUCACAUCGUCAAAUCUGUUUGCUGCGGCAUCGCCAGAGAAUGAAGUCGCUUGAUUGGAACGAGAAAGGCAUACGCAUUGAUGAAAUAUUCCUAAAAAUUCCUUGUUUCGCGGAUGACAUCGUCAUAUCUUCGAAGAGUACUGAUGAAGCAGAGGCGAUGCCCGAUGAACUCAAAGAAUCGAGAAAAGGAUUGAACUAG